GCUAACCAAUGCCAUCUACAGCGAAAAUGUUUUUUAGAUCGUACAAAAACGCAGCAGUGAAUCCCACCAUUCUGUCCUGUGCAACAUUUCUGCUAGCUAAAGUUCUCUUUGCUCUCUGGUGUUUUGUGGGUCGGUCGAAGGUCUUCGGAACGGGAAAAGAGGAACCCGACUUUCCACAAUGGCAGCAAUUCUCCGGUCACUUUUGCAUAAAAAGCUCCCACUACAACUGAGUCGUUGUUACUCCGCCUCUGCAGUGCCCACCACCAAGCUGUUCAUUGAUGGCAAGUUUGUGGAGUCCAACAGCACUGAAUGGCUUGACAUUCACAACCCUGCCACUAAUGAGGUGGUGGGACGUGUUCCCAAAGCUACCCAGGAGGAGAUGCUAGCAGCUGUGGACUCCUGCUCCAGAGCCUUCCACUCCUGGUCCGAGACCUCCAUCCUCAGCAGGCAACAGAUCUUCCUGCGCUACCAGCAGCUUAUCAAGGAUAACAUUAAAGAACUAGCUAAGUCGAUCACUUUGGAGCAGGGCAAAACUCUUGCCGAUGCAGAGGGCGAUGUAUUUAGAGGACUCCAGGUGGUAGAGCAUGCCUGCAGCAUUACAUCCCUCAUGCUGGGGGAGACAUUACCUUCCAUCACCAAGGACAUGGACACUUACACCUACCGCCUGCCCAUCGGGGUGUGUGCUGGUAUCGCUCCUUUUAACUUCCCUGCCAUGAUUCCUUUGUGGAUGUUCCCCAUCGGCAUGGUGUGUGGCAACACCUACCUGAUGAAGCCCUCCGAACGGGUCCCAGGAUGCACCAUGCUUCUGGCCAAAAUGCUCCAGGAUGCCGGAGCACCAGAUGGCACACUAAACAUUAUCCACGGCCAGCAUGCAGCGGUGAACUUCAUCUGUGACCAUCCAGCCAUCAAAGCCAUCAGCUUUGUUGGCUCCAACUCGGCUGGAGAGUACAUCUACGAGCGGGGAUCCAAGAAUGGCAAGAGAGUGCAGUCCAACAUGGGUGCCAAGAACCAUGGUGUGGUGAUGCCUGACGCCAACAAAGAGAACACCAUCAACCAACUGGUGGGUGCUGCCUUCGGAGCAGCUGGCCAGCGCUGCAUGGCUCUCUCCACUGCUAUUUUCGUAGGCGAUUCUCGUGAAUGGCUUCCAGAGCUGGUAGAGCGCUCAAAAUCACUGCGCGUAAAUGCAGGUGAUCAGCCUGGGGCAGAUGUGGGGCCCCUGAUCUCUCCAGAAGCCAAGGCCAGGGUGGAGUCUUUGAUCCAGAGUGGAGUUGAUGAAGGCGCGAAGCUGCUGUUGGAUGGGAGAAAUGUCAAAGUAAAAGGAUAUGAGAACGGAAACUUUGUAGGACCCACCAUCCUGGCAAAUGUUAUGCCACACAUGAACUGUUACAAAGAGGAGAUCUUUGGACCAGUGCUCGUCGUCCUGGAGGCUGACAGUCUUGACGAAGCAAUUACUUUAAUCAACAGAAACCCCUACGGCAAUGGCACUGCGAUAUUCACCACCAAUGGAGCCACAGCACGCAAAUACACACAUGAGGUGGACGUUGGCCAGAUUGGUGUGAACGUGCCCAUCCCCGUCCCCCUCCCCAUGUUCUCCUUCACUGGCUCCAGAGGCUCAUUCAGAGGAGACACCAACUUCUAUGGCAAGCAGGGCAUCCAAUUCUACACUCAAAUCAAGACUGUGACAUCGCAGUGGAAGGCCGAGGACGCCACUGUAACAAGCCCAGCUGUUACGAUGCCAACCAUGGGACGCUAAGUUGACAGGACACCCAGUGUAACUUCACUGACUUCUCAUAUGCCUUAAGAAGAAGCCCAAGGAGGAAAGUGGGGAUAAAAAGAUUAUAUGUCCUCUUUACUGUAUUCACACUGGGGUUUAUUUGUUGGUGAUUCUUUUAGACAAUGUUGUUGCACAAAGCACACACAAAUUCGAAGUACAGCUCAUUUGAAGAGGUGAAUGUAACCAGUGCAAUGAAUGGUGCUUUGUGUCUCUUUAUAGGCUUGUAGUCUUUUGUACCUAUUUUCUCCUGUUCUGACUGGAUGGACUGAUGGUCAUUCAUUUCUAUGAUCUACUAUAUACUAUACCCCAAAAAAAUCUACAGUAGAUAUAAAAAUGACCAGGAGAUUCUGCCUUUAAAGCAGUGACAGUCUUCUAACAAUAUCCUCUGUGGUUCUUUUAACUUGUUCUGUUUGUCAGAACAUUGUCAUGUAUAAAUGCCACAAAUGUUACCUUAGAACAAGGACACACUCAUUCUGUUAUGCCAUCAAAUGUGAAAUAAUGGUUACUGAAUUUUUGUCCUCUUAAUGUGUAUCCUCGUCCAUAAUGUCCAGUGGUGAAACCACUGUGUCUUCUGUGUGUCAGAUAGAGGUUUUGUACUGUACUGUACUGUCAGGAUAAUACUUUUGUGUGGUCAUGAACAAUGUAUAGGCUAAAUUAUAGCAUUUUACAUGGUAUGGACUUGACUUCUGUUGUUCUUUCUAAACUAUUAUGUUGAAACUGUUAGUCGUUGUGGUGCAGUUGCAGUACAGUACAUGCUAAGCCUCUUUUCAUCUGAAGUAUGAGCCAUAUAAAUCUUUGUCCCCUUGUAUUUUCUUAGGUCAUAUGGCUGAAGAUUAAGAGGUGAUAGUAAUAAGGGUAUCAGAGUCUGUAGUUCACUGUGUGAAUAAAGACACUGUUUUGACCUGA